UUUUUUCUCGUACAAAGGAACUUAUUUUUAAUAAUUUUUUUUCCAAAUUUAAGGUUGACUUCUCUGUCCGAUUACAAUCAAAAUCUAACAAUUGUGUUGCACUAAAUAUUAAGAUAUCAGCCUUUCUCUUUUCUGAUGGAGAACCAGUUGAGUCUAUACACGAUUUUUAUGUUUCUUGUUUAACACCUUUUACUGGAGACGUUUCAAUUUAUUCUGAAAAUGUUUGUAGAAUUUUAAAAAUAUUUUAAAAUUUAAAAAUUAAGGGAGAAAUACCUCAAUAUUUUAUUUGUGGACAACGUUAUAGACUGUCUCUUUUAAUAGAUCAUUUGGAUGGACGAUAAUUUAACAAAAAUAUGUGAAUAUCCUCCAUUCUCUCAAAUAUUCAAUGAACAAUAUAAAAAAUUGGGAAUUAUAUCAGAUGAAAAAAAUAAUUCCAAUUUAUUUAAAAAUGAUGUUUAUGUUGAAAUAUUACCUGAAAUUAUUGGAGAAGAUUCAAAACAAUCUUCUAUUGGGGAAGUUAUUGUAGAAUGGAGAAGGUGGGAAGGGGGUUAA